CUGCUCUUCAUCCCCUGGCUACCACUGUUACAGGCAAGAUUGGGAAACAUCCCGCCCCGCCGGGAGGGAGGCAAAAGCCUCUGACGGUCCCCUCUCCCCAGUUGAUCAAGGCCAGGGCCACUGCGGGAGCACCCCGCGUCCACGUGCACCCAGCAUGCGCGGCCACCCUUCUUACGUAAGAGUCCCAGGAUGGAGUUGUACCCGCUGCCGGCCCCUCUUCCCCGACAGCUAAUAAUAAACCUGGGUUCCUGUUUCCCGGCCGCGGCCACUCCAGAUUCGGGGUCGAGGGGUUAACUCUGCAACCAAGGCACGUGCAUUCCGGUCAUCCCACCCCAAGAACGCGCGUACGGCCCGCCUACCCCCCACUUGCCAGCCCACCCUCCAGCUGGUCGGGACGCCGACACCUUUUUGACCCUCGCAGUGCCCGGCUCUCCCCGAGCUGGCCAGCCCAGGGCUUGGUACUGGCGGGGACCGGCUGCUCUAAUCCCUCCUCUGCUCUGCCCUGCCCAGUCCUGCCCUGCCCCGCCCCGCCCUGCCGCGCCCUGCCCCGGCGCCCUCCCUCAGCCCGGGUAUCAGGCGAGAGGCGGAGCUGGCCCGGCGCGCCCCGCCCCCGCUGUAGAAAGGGCUGGGCAAGUGUUACUCGCGGUCAUCCCGGCCCGGGCCUUUUAUCUCUGUGCUGCCGGGGGAGGCGGGAGGAGGAGACACAGGGGUGGCCCCCAACGCCGGCGACACCUUUCCUGGUCUAUAAAUUGAGCACCUGGGAUGGGUAGGGGGCCAUCUCAGCCACCGCCGCCCGCAGUCAUAGUCCGGCCACUGACCGCAGCAGCGCCCUUGGGCAGCAGCCGCUGGCAGCGGGAACACUGAAUCGCCAACGAGCAGGGGAAUCUCCAGGCACAAAAGGAGCCAAGGCUUGACCUACAGACCAUCCUCAGCCAUCGCGAGUUUCCGGACGCCAAAGCCAAGAGAAGCCGCCCAUCCCGCAGGGCCGGUCUGCGAGCGAGACGAGAGUUGGCGAGGGCGGAGGACUGCCAAGAAUCCCGCCACACCGGCUACAGCCAGGUCCCCAGCGCGGGCCUUGGAGGCGGGCAGACCCUUGACCCGGCUGACCAUCCCUGUGCCCCUGCGUCCCUGCGCUCCGGCGCCCGCACGGCCACCAUGAUGCAAAUCUGCGACACCUACAACCAGAAGCACUCGCUCUUUAACGCCAUGAAUCGCUUCAUUGGCGCCGUGAACAACAUGGACCAGACGGUGAUGGUGCCCAGCUUGCUGCGCGACGUGCCCCUGGCUGAGCCCGGGUUAGACAACGAUGUUGGCGUGGAGGUAGGCGGCAGUGGCGGCUGCCUGGAGGAGCGCACGCCCCCAGUCCCCGGCUCGGGAAGCGCCAAUGGCAGCUUUUUCGCGCCCUCUCGGGACAUGUACAGCCACUACGUACUGCUCAAGUCCAUCCGCAACGACAUCGAGUGGGGGGUCCUGCACCAGCCGCCUCCAGCGGCAGGGAGCGAAGAGGGCACUGCCUGGAAGUCCAAGGACAUCCUGGUGGACCUGGGCCACUUGGAGGGCGCGGACGCCGGCGAAGAAGACCUGGAGCAGCAGUUCCACUACCACCUGCGAGGGCUGCACACUGUGCUCUCGAAACUCACGCGCAAAGCCAACAUCCUCACUAACAGAUACAAGCAGGAGAUCGGCUUCAGCAAUUGGGGCCACUGAGGCGGGGCUCCCGCGGCCGUCUAGCACCCUUUUCGACCCAUCUCACCCUCUCAUUCCUCAAAGCUUUUUUCUUACUGGCUGUGGGGCGGAAAGGGCAGACUGCAUAUUAGGGGGCGGCAUACUUGCAAGAGGCGCGGUAGGGCUGCAAGGAGGAGGGGGCCUCGUGUGAGAGAGGAGAAGAAAAUGGUGGCCGGAGAGGGGAGGGCUCAAGGAACCUCCCGGGAGGGGGCCUGCAUUCUAUGUUGGUGGAAAUGGGACUGGGCUGACGCCCUGCAUUCAGCCUAUGCCUUGCCCUGGGUUUCUUUUCUGUUCUUUUCGGAGGAGAAGGGGCCAAGCCAGGGCGCGGCGCUGGGUUGCCACACUUCGGAAAGAAGCCCGGAGCUGGGUGCUGGGGAAGGCGGGGCACACAGUCUCCCGCCGCCCUGCGGUUGGGUCGGUGGAGGCCCAGGCGUUGUUGCUAGGAUUGCAUCAGUUUUCCUGUUUGCACUGUUUCUUUUUGUAACAUUGGCCCUGUGUUAAGUAUUUCGAAUCUCCUCCUUGCUCUGAAACUUCAGCGAUUCCAUUGUGAUAAGCGCACAAACAGCACUGUCUGUCGGUAAUCGGUACUACUUUAUUAAUGAUUUUCUGUUACACUGUUAACACUGUAUAGUAGUCCUGUGGCACCCCCACCCCAUCCCUUUCAUGCCACUCCCGUCCCCGUCCCCACCGCAGUGUGUAUAAGCCAGCAUUGCGCCAGCUUGUACGAAGCUUGCCACUCAGUGAAAAUAAUAACAUUAUUAUGAGAAAGUGGACUUAACCGAAAUGGAACCAACUGACAUUCUAUCGUGUUGUACAUAGAAUGAUGAAGGGUUCCACUGUUGUUGUAUGUCUUAAAUUUAUUUAAAACUUUUUUAAUCCAGAUGUAGACUAUAUUCUAAAAAAUAAAAACGCAAAUGUGUCAGCUAAACUGCAAAAUUGUCUGGUCCUCAUUAAUCUGCCAAUGAAUGGUUUCGUCGUUAAAUAAAAAUCAAUGUAAUUGAUUUACUA